UACUUGUGUCUAAAAGAAUUGGAAAUGGGCAUUGAAGAAAAAUCCUGCAGACGUUAAUGAACAAGCCGACAAAAACAGUGGGAGUUUCCAUAAUGCAUACUCAUGAGUCUUUGGUUCUCAUCGAUCAAACGUCCGAAUCUCACUCUAAGUAAUGAGCAUACCUGGCAAUUUAUUUGCCCUGUGACACUUCACCAACAUGUCCUCGAACAUGUCUAUGAAGUUGAAAUGGAUGGAACAUCUAAAUGCAUCGUGGGUGACAGAGGAUUGGGGUCUAGUAGCUAGUAGAGAGGGUACCCUUGAGCUUUAUGACCGCCUUGUCACAAACAAGGAGGUUAUCAGUGCGCCACGCCCCAGUCUGCACCUCCAAGGACCCCAGUUGCCCGACUAUGAAAGGGAGCCACCCUCGCCUGAGGAGCAGGAGCACUUCUUGGAAGCCCUCCUUUCCAAUCAGCUCAACCUCGCCCGCACAGUAUGCUCAGAGUCCCCAUUCGCCUCCGCCCUUCAGAAACGGCUGGCUGUCCUGCGCCGCAUCUUCCACGCCAUCUCCAGCAAGUUCCACGACAAGGAGAAGGUCAAGCAGCAGCUGCGGCUUCAGCAGGCCCAUGCCGGGACAGUCGAUGAGAAAACCACCAUGAAGCAGGUUACCUUCGGCACAGACGCCUUGGUUGAGAUGGGUGUCCGCACUGGACUUAGUCUUCUCUUCGCCCUCCUAAGGCAGAACUGGAUGCAAACCGUUCCCGCAGGGAACCCUAGCAUCUGUAACGAUGUUCUUCAGACAGCGAUGAGCGUCUUGGAUUCUCUACCGCCGUUGUCGCUCGCUAAUGAGAGUAAGAUACCAUGUCUUGGUACUGAAUGCUUGAAACAGGUGACAAUGUUUCUGAAAUCGGCAACGAUGCCCAACUCCGGUGCUGACCAAAACGGCAAGCAGCUUGCAUGUCAGCUUGUCUUGGGUCUAGCUGCCCAAAGAGGGUCUCUUCAACAUCUUCUUGACUGGGUAGAAAUGGCUCUCGGCUCCUCGGCAGCUGCCAGCAGUAGCAUCUCCCGAGUGGGUACAGUCGAAGGAGAUGAGAUGCGAAACUACAGUGUCAUCUCUUUUGAUUUUUUCUCCAAUGUUUUGGGUCAGAUGCGUAGAGCCACUGGUUCAUCAUCUGACAGAGGGACAGUGCUAUCUGAGCUGAAACAACACGAUGGCCAUUGCCCCUUGUACCAAGCUGCGCUGUGUCUUAUUGAGGAAGUAUCUCGCCUUGCCAUGGAGUACGCCCGCACCUGCGUCUGCCCCAGCGAGAGGCGACUCAACAAUAUCAGCGUCUCUGAAAACAGCGAGGUGUACGUGUGGGGAAGUAACAGCAGCCACCAGCUAGCAGAGGGGAGCCAGGAGAAGAUCAUCCAGCCCAAGUUGACCGGAUUGUUUGCUCAAAGUCAACAGGUUGAGGCCGGCCAAUACUGCACCUUUGUCAUAUCAGCGGAUGGUACCGUUAGAGCCUGUGGGAAGGGGAGUUAUGGCAGGCUGGGCCUCGGCGAUUCCAACAACCAGACGCAGCUCAAGAAACUCAACUUUGACAGUCACGUCAUCUCAAGGAUUUCAUCAUCAAAGGGUUCAGACGGACACACUCUUGCCUUGACCUCUGAGGGUCAGAUCUUCAGCUGGGGUGACGGAGACUACGGAAAGCUCGGCCACGGCAACACGUCAACGCAGAAGUACCCCAAGGUGAUUCCAGGCAUCCUCACCAGCAAGGUUGUAGUGUGCGUGUCGGCGGGGUACCGGCACAGCGCCUGCGUCACGGAGGACGGGCAGCUGUUUACGUGGGGAGAAGGGGAUUAUGGGAGAUUGGGUCAUGGAGACAGUAACAGUCGCAACGUGCCCACUCUAGUCAAAGACAUCAGUAGCGUUGGGCAAGUGGUCUGUGGCAGCUCACACACUAUAGCCAUCUCUCAAGACGGAAGGACGGUGUGGUCAUUUGGAGGUGGUGAUAACGGUAAACUGGGGCAUGGUGACACAAACCGGGUGUAUAAAUCAAAGAUUAUUGAAGCUCUGAUUGGUCUAGUCAUACGCAAAAUAGCAUGUGGCAGCCAAUCAUCAUUGGCUCUCACAUCAACAGGGCAGGUGUUUGCCUGGGGUCAUGGUGCUUGCCUUGGGUGUGGGUCGGCAGAGACCACUGCUGUCCGACCAAAACUUGUUGAAGAUCUUCAGAAUACUCGAGUGGUGGACAUUGCAUGUGGUGACAGUCACUGCAUUGCACUCAGUCACGACAACGAGGUGUACGCUUGGGGCAACAAUGCCAUGGGGCAGUGCGGGCAGGGCCAUACCACAAGCCCAGUGCUAAGACCCAAGAAAGUACUCGGUCUUGAAGGUAUCACCUUGCACCAAAUAUCAGCUGGAACGUCACACAGUAUCGCUUGGACUGCAUUGCCAACCGACAGGCAAGUGGUUGCAUGGCAUCGUCCAUUCUGCGUAGAUCUUCAAGAGGGAACGUUUUCUUAUCUCAGGUCCUUCUUGGAGCAUUACUGUGACAGGUUUGAUCAUCCAAGUCCACCUCUGCCUUUCCCAACAUCAAGGGAGCACCAGCAUUUUGUGUUACUGUGCCUGAAGCUGCUCUGUACACAUCUACAGUUGGCUCUGGCAGGGGGACUAGCCAGUAGCAUCCUGGGCAGUCAAGCAAGGCCCCUUAGGCACUUAUUGUUUCGUCUCAUGGACUCAAAGACCCCCAGUUCCGUCCAGAAGGCUGUGAGUGAAACACUUUCCAUUGGUGCCCCGCUGUUGCUUCCACCGUUGAGGGAACGCAUGGAGCUACUACAAUCUCUACUACCUCAGGGGCCAGAUCGCUGGGACAGUCUGUCAAAGGGACAGAGGAUGCAGCUUGGCAUCAUCCUGACUAGCCUCCAGGAGAACCUCCACGUUGCCUCCCUUCUAGGGUUCACAUCCCCCUUGGACUGGGAACCAGAACCCGAGACCUCUGACCCUUCAACCUUGACCCUAGCACCCAGUCAGGACAUGCAUCUUGCCGAAGUGUUGAUGAAGACACUGUUGCGAAACCUUGGCUACCAUACUGAACAAGCUUUUGGAGAGCUAGAGAAGAAUAGCGAUAAGACCCAGACGUCCAUGGCCUGCGAUGACGGGGCUCCCCCGGCGCAUCUACGAGAGCUACUCUCAUCUCUUCAGAAGCACCUUGUUUCUUAUUGUUAUGUCAACGCUGAAGAUGAGAUUUCAGUUAGUGUGGGACUUCUACACAAGCAUCUGAACCUUCUUCUUCCCCACGCUGUGGAGGUUCUACAGAGGUCCAUCAAGCUGCUACAACAGAGUGGGGGUCUGGCUACUCAGGCUGUACGCAAUAAACUUAGAGACGUCUUAUUCACAUCAGCGGCAGGUGCCAUGCUAUCCCAGCUACUACACUCGCUCUUAAUGCUACCUGUCAGCGUGUCUCGUCCCCUCAUGCUAUGCCUCCUAGCUCUACUUCCUGAGCUGGAUCAGCUGAACAGGCUUCUACCCGCCGCUGCUCUCCUGGAUGAACAUGAACUGGAAUGGCCACUGCAAGGAGCCCCUAGUAACGUCGAGCCGAGUGCCCUGCCCCUCCCACAGCCAGCCAAAGGAUGGGUGUGGCUCGUAGACCUGGAGAGAUGCUGCUCGUUAGUGAUUGGACGCUGUCUGGCGGGCAUGCUAGCCUGGAUACCGAUGUCCAAAGAGGAGAAGGAAACCAGUGGCUGGAUGGUGUCCAGGCUACUCAGCAAUGGUUUGGAGAUCAAGGAGACAAGUCACCUAGUGAAACUAGUCAGCAAAGUGUCCGAGGCGGCAAUCUCUGGCGAUGAUGACUACGACCUCUCUGAGUUCAACUUGACCCCCGACCUGGCCAUCUUACUUGACCUUGCUACAGCCAAGGGGCGGGAGCCAGCGCUGUCUAUAUGGAACACCAUGCAGGACUACGCACGCAAUAAGGAUUGGGAUACUAGCGAGGAAGUACAAGAGGAAUUGUUGGACCGUGCGUCACGAUGUCUCUUAGCCUGUCUGCUCAAACACUGCAAUCUACUCUCAGUAGCUGCAAAGCAAGAGACUUCAACUGAACACUGGAGGGCCUUAGUUGAAGCUUACCGCAACGUCUACAAAGUGCGUCGUAAGCUGGUUGCGGCACGCAUCAUGCAGGGCCAGAGCACAGCCACCUCAUCCGAAACGAGCGCCACCGCUGGCCCGUCCGCAUCGGAACACAGGGACGACAGAGAGGGGCUCAGAGAGGGGCCAAGACAGGUGCUCAGAAGUCAAUCUGAGGAGAGAGAAGUGAGAGGGCUGUGGGCAAAGAAGUCUUUCAGCCGGGUUGCCAUUCAAGAACCAGCAGACAUUGACCAAUCCGAAGGGGAGGGUGGUAGUGAGACCGCCCCCGCACCUCUCCCAGAGAAGAAGCCUAAGGUGAGAGAGCAGUACAGCUUCUCGGAGACCUGUAAGUCCAUCAUUGAGAGGUGCAUGUUCAUGCUGUUGGGCGUCAGCUCUGCAAUCCAACAGAGUGUCCCAUCAAAGAAAGACGAUGCGAAUCCCGAACCGGAGCAGAAGGAAAAUGACUCAGACAUGACAGCAGCGUUAUCACUGAGUCACUCUCAGAGUGAGCCAGACCUCGGCCAGACAGAGGACCGACAGACGCCAUCAACUACCAAUCGGGAGUCUGUACGCAGCUUGAAAUCGUCCCGUAGUGAGCCUCUCCCUGAUCUACAAGUAGAGCCCACUCUGGACUCACUGGAGGUCGUCAGGGCAACCUGGCGACGCCUUCACUGGCGGCAGGACCAAGAUGGGACCCUCCCCUCCAUUCAGUCCAGUAGUCACCAUGAUCAUAAGUAUCUAGGUGCAGUCAAGCAUGUCUGCAGCGACGUCAUCGGCUUUGCCUGUGGUGAGAUGCUCAACGAUACGCAUGUACCAACAGACGAUGAGCAGUUUAUGUACUGUACUGAGCCGGCUACAAUCAUCAUGGCCAUGGAGCAUCAGCAGUGCAGGGCUGAGACGAGACUCGAUGCGCUCAACCAAAUCCUGUCCCUCCUCAACGGGCAUGAAGGAGACGAGAGCAAGAAGCUUACCACACUGGACGUCUUUGGUCAUGUGGUGGCGCCGUUUAGCUCCAUGUCCCUCCUGGCGUCGGUCCAUCUGCAGUUUCUGAUGGGAACGUUUGGUCUGAGCUGUCUGGACCCUGCUCCUAAUGGAGAGGGUACUUUACCCACGCAGCUCCAUCAUUACACGGACGGCAUCCGAGCUGCUAAUAAGAUGACUCAGCUGGAGAUACAAGCAGUAGCUCAUCACAUCUAUGAUCAUCUUGUCACCACAUUGGCCGAUAAAGUGGAGGAACCAAGAAAUUGUAAAGGAGCCUGGUACCGUCUCUUACUGGUCACCAUCUUUGCCCUGAGCGUCAAGUACCAACCAGCCGACGUUCUCCUGGCCAUCUCUAGUGGUAUCCUACCGUUACUUGCAAGACUCUGUGGCGAAGGUAGCCAAGCCGUCCUGGCCAAGCCCAUGCAGCCGUUAAUGAGUGGUAGUAUCCCAUCCAUGCACUCAGUGCUACAAGUAGCCAGCAUGAGGCUGCUUCAGAUACUGGCAAUUACAACAAGCACCCACGCUGAUCAGCUGAGUGAUUCCGUGGUGCAAGCCCUGGUUGACCUCCUGCAUGAACAACUCUGCUCUCUGUUCUCCAUGGCAACGGGAGAUACACAAUGGCAGAAGUCGGUUCCCAACUCAUCACCAGAGGGGAAAACAAAAGGCAAGGGAACAGACAUCAAGGAUAACAAAUCGAGCGGCAGUGGCGUACAACAAGGCAAGCAGCGUAAGAGCCGACAGUCCCACCAUCUAGUGCAGACUGCUCUCGGUGACCUACUGGUCUUCCUGCGCCGUGUGGCCCUUAGCCAACCAGUCAGGGAUAAGAUCUUUUCCAAUGAUUGGACGUCGUUGCUGCUCGCCAUUGCAGGACACCAUACAAAGUCAGGUUUGCCUCGGAUUGAGAACAUUCGUACCAGACUGCUGGCACUCCAUCUACUUGAAGCUAUCCUUCCAUCCUGCCCAAUUGACACUCAACAUCAGAGUCAUCAACACCAGGUUGUACAACAACUUCUCAGCAACCUCUCAGAGUGUAUGUGGCGGGCACCUCAGGCCUACGCUCACCACAAAUCACAGCACAAACCCCUCGACCCAAACACCACGCCCAGUAGCACGCCCUCGCCCGACCACGACCCCAAGAAAUCAACCUCAUCCGUUUCGGAGAGCGGCGAUGAUGAGGAUGACGACAUCGCUCUUCAGGAUACGGUGUUUGACUCAGAGAAGGCGGUGUGCUGCAGCGUGGAGGGAGGCAGCACCCUGGUCCAUGGGUCUGGGGGCAGGGGGUACGGUCUUGGUGCUACGGGGAUAACGGCUGGAUGUUACCAGUGGAAGUUCUACAUCGUGAAAGAGAACAAGGGCAACGAGGGAACGUGUGUGGGUGUCUCCCGCUACCCAGUACGAGACUUCAGUCACAGGACCACGUCCGAUAUGUGGCUGUAUCGAGCCUACAGUGGGAACCUCUACCACAACGGGGAACACUCUCUGACCUUGCCGAGCUUCACCCAAGGGGACUGCGUGACGUGCGUGCUCGACAUGGAGGCUAGGACACUGUCAUUCGGGAAAAAUGGAGAGGAACCUCGGUUGGCAUUUGAUGAUGUGGAAGCACCUGAUCUGUACCCUGUGGUGAUGUUCUAUAGCAGUAACCCAGGAGAGAAGGUGAGAAUCGGUGAGAUGCAAGUCCGAGGUGCGCCCCGAGACCUCCAGCCAGGGGAGCCACUCUGCGCCCCAACCUCCUCAGUCCUAGCCGAGGCUCAUGUGACCCUCCUCAGAUCUCUGUAUCGCCAGAAAGCCUGGAGAGACUGCUUGAAUAGUAUCAUCUACACCAGACUGGGAUUCAUCAGUAGACUGCACAGGGCCACGCUGGGGCUAGACACCACCCAACCGCAGGGUCUCGAUCAGAGUGAAACGGCGCCGAGGAAAUCUGAUACAACUUCAGAGAGUGACGGAAAGAAAUCCGACCGCCCAAAAUCUGAGGGCAAAAAGGCAAGAUUUGGCGACAAACCAACCGAUCCGGACAGUGAUUCACUAAAAACAGGAUCCCAGUCAGACAAAUCGAAGACAAAAUCAGUUGAUACAAAGGAGAGCAGAUCAGAUGGUGAGGAAACGUUGAGGUCUGAGAAAGGAGGAUUAGAAGGAGAAAAGAACGCAACCGUCUCGAGGGAAACUCAAGAAGAGAAGUCUGGCCGGGAUGGGAAGAAGGAAGGGGAACCUAAGAUCAAGAAGACGGCGAUAAUCCAAGAAAAGAAAGAUGAUGGUGAGGAAGAGAAAAUGAAGAAAGGAUCCAAGGAUGCAAAGGAAACAGAAUCUGAACCGACGGACCUGAGACAGCUCUGCCAUUCCAUCUGGCCGAUCCUAGCCAUCAUUGGUGGCGUGGAUCGAGGUCUUAAGAUCGGAGGUCGUUGCAUCCAUAAACAAACCUGUCGAGAAGCAACCUUGCUUGGUAUGCUAAAGGAAGGAGGGACGUCGGCCAAGGUGCAAUGGGAGGAUGCUGAUUCUACUAUCAGCGAUUGUGCAAUAUCCAACUUGGAACCCAUGGAACCUGCGGGGUUCGAGCCGGCUCAUCUGAAGGGUCUGACGGCCUCCAUGCUCUGCGAUCUAGCAUUGCUCUCCGGCAUCGCAGAUGAGAACUCUCAGAGAGACACUUCGAGAACGGGAAAGCAGUCUCAGAAAAAAGCUAGCGAGUCGGAGAAGAGAGGAGAAAAACCACAGGUGAAGAAGGAGCAAGAAGAGGUUGCUAAGAGCGAGGAAUUUGAGAAGUCACUUGAUGAGGACAUUGCCAGGGCGAUGAAAGAAGAGGAGGAAGGAGUGGACGUUCCUCUUGGAGAUGAGGAUUCCAGCAGAGAAGCUACAGAACUGGAUAGUGUCGCUGGACAAGUCAACGCCACUGCACCACCUGUGGUGCUAACUAAAUUCUCAACCUUAAAGCUGCAUUUGGAGUCACCGGAAUCAAAACCGAAGAGUUCUUCCACGGCUGAUGGAGCAAUGAGCGGAGAGGAGCAGACCCUCGCUACAUCAAUCACCAAGCAAAUGGUAGAGGAGGUCCUGGAGAGUGUGUCUCAAAGUUUAGGAUCUGAAAGCAGCUCUACCACCAGGAAGGCUGUUGGAGCUCUAAUGAUUGAGAGGGGAUCAACGGAUUCCAGUAGUGUGGGAUCACCUAUCCUUAGCCCAACUGAUGCCAAUCUCUCCGACGCCAGCACCAUGUCUAUACCGGCGGAGACCCCCAAAGUAGAGCAGCAGCAGCCAAUCUCGGCUUCCGUCAAACCAGAAUCGACAACCCCCAAACCCCAGUUGAAGCUCGGCGACCCGAACAAGCAGACCGACGCGGAGCUGAGGAGCAUCAUGCUGGCUCAUCUCCAAGUCGGGGCUCUGAAGGCUCUCAGUGUCCUGAUGGGAUGCAGUAAGUACAUCGAGAUGCUUCUUGUCCCGAAGACGUCGACAGACAAGAAAUCGGACAAGGAAUCCUCCUCCAAGAAGCAGAGGAAAGGAAGCUUCAGCAGCUAUAAGGACCAAGAUGACCCUGCCAGAAUUGAGGAAGACUCCGAGGGUCUUCCUGCAGCGAUGCGGACCAUCAUGAGGCAGCUAGUCAAACGUGCCGUCAUGCCGUCACCUAUCCGACGCGUGGUCUGCAUGGCGGAGUUGGAGCGAGCCCAUGCAAUGCUGUUGAAGGUCACUGCUCAGGCGCCAUUCACUGAUGGUAAAGAUACAGCAUCUAAAAUAGACCAGAUGUUGGCCAACCGAGCCCGCCGUCUGGACCGUGACUCCACCGCCACAUCGUCCCAGUCAGACAACCAAGACCGUCAGAGUUCUUCUACGACCGUCUCGGCCCCACCUACCCCGUCCUGCUCCCUCCCAUCCCGUACCCGCCUCCGAGGGGUCGGGAUGAGGAUGCUUUUCUCUCGUGGGCUGCAGAGAACGACAGCGACGACUACGACAACGACGAUGGCCAUCUCUCCAGUGAGUUCUCCACCGCACUCACCGGAGGAAGACACACAAGCUGAAGCAGCCCUGUCGCCCCUUCCGUCACUGCCGAUGGCUGCACCCCUACUUGAGAUGGGUUUCAGCAUGCAGCAAAUAUUCAAAGCAAUGGCUGCCACUAACACUCGUGGUGACUUGGACACCCAGCGUAUCACCACCCUCGCUACCUGGCUGAUAGAACACCCCAGCCAGGAGGAUGAUGAUGUCGCAAUACCAACCUAUGAUGUCACAGAGUCUCCGACCGCCACCACCGCUGCCACUUCGACAGCUACCACCAGUAGUAGGCAACACCCACCUGGGGCCAUCGGUAACCGACUGUCAAGAGCCACUGACUCUGAGAACUCAACUGGACGAUAUGAUGAGUUGGAAGAUUCUUCCUACCCGGAGACCGAGGAGGUACCAAGACCGACGCCUUCCGCAGAGCGCCCUCCUUCUCGUCUGGAGCGCUACCGGGCUGUAGCGGACCUCUCGUCCCUUGCCAAUGCCAUGGCAAGAAGCAUGGACAGGACACCUUCAGACGUCAACACAGACGGGUUAUUUGGGGAGGCGUAUCGUCACAUCCAGAGAUCCGAGGUUCCUCACGAUGACGUCGUCUUUGAAGAUGAUGAUAUGGACUUGGAUGAAGAGGAUGAUGAUAAUCUAGUCACUGAUGACGCUUCGGAUAGAGAGUUACUCCUCUGGUGCCCUGAGCUGAGUCGUGAACUGGAAAACAGCGAGAGCCAAGUGACCUGUGACCUCUGCAGAGUGACAACCUCCCAGUUCAACCGGCACAUGCGUCUCCAGCACCCCGGCUGCAAACAGAGCUGUGGGCACAUGGGUUACCGGAGUAACGGCGCGUACGUCGGCGGAUGGUUCGGCGGCGCUUGCGGAACGGGUAACCCGUACUAUCUGAUGUGUGUGGACUGCAGAGACAAGUACCAGCUGGGGACUAGGGGUCAUUUGAGUAUUUCUUCUGACUUCAGUCUGGCGGCCGAGGGUACUGCUGAUGAUGAGCAUGACCUAAUGACUGAAGAGGACCUGAACACCAUCUCAGGCCAUGAGACGUUUGAGCAGAUCAUGGGACGUCUAGGCCUGACUGAGUCACGCUCCAUCCCUGAGCCCGUACAGUUUCCUGAGCCUGACCCCCUAGGGGCGAAGAGCGCCUCUACGGGUGUGGGUAGAAGCCAAAGUGGAUUUUUGAAUCUAGAUGGCAGCAGCCAGCAGGAUUCCAGCUCCUUACAUCGUCUCAGUCUUGGUGAGCAGGUAGCCCUGUUGUCUACUGCUCAUGAGAGGGCGGUUGCAUUGAGGAAGACUACAGCUGCGGCUCAGGUGCUCGUAGCGCGCUCAAUGGUCAUGAGGGCGCUGUCACUGCUGUCUGUUAGUGGCUCAGCCUGCAACCUCUCAGAGGGCCUUGAACAGCUCGGCCUCUCCGAUAUCCGCCUGGUGGUACGCCUCAUGUGUCUAGCAGCCGCGGGACGGACGGACUUUGCCGCCACUACAAACUUAUCAUCCCUGAGCUACGGGGGUCAAGACACCCUGGAGUUUGCCUCAACAGGUCUUAUGUCUACGUCCUCGAGUCUGGCGUACUUGAGUGCUGCUAUUGGAUCGUUGGCGUCGUGUAACCCUAACGCUGCUAAGAUGCUGGUACAGCUCUGUACAAAGGAUUUGUUAUCUGCUGCGUGCGGUCUCAACGUUGCGGCCAUCGACACUCGACGUGGGACCGGCCGAGAGGACCAGGGAUCUUCUGAUCAGAGAGCCCUCUCCUCACCAAGCUUUGCAGUCACUCAGGCUCUAGUGUCACUGCUCGCUGGUAGCUCUAAGACUCAGCAUGUACAGGAACAGCUUUCAGAGGUGUCCUCAGAUUCUGACCAGCCUAAGAAGGACCCCUCCCCAGGCUCCACCCCUCAAACUACACCCCUAUCAACCCGUUCCGGACCGCUUCAGCUGGCCAACGCCUUGGCAGCAUGCUGCUUGUCAAGCCGCCUUGCCAGUCAGCACCGGGAAUGGGCGGCACAGCAGCUCGUCAAGACCCUUUCUGGCCACGCUCGGAACGGAACAAUCCCAGAGCAGGCAGUCUCAGCGGCGGACGUUCAGGGGGACCUGCCGGUGUGUGGCGUGACCAGAAUAGAUGCGCAUCAAGACGUCGUGACUGGAUGCGUCUGGAAUCACAUGAAGUCUCUACUGGUUACAAGUGGCAGCGAUGGUCAAGUCAGACUAUGGGGCUCCCUCUCCCGUUCCCAGCCUGUACUCCAACAGUCCUGUACCUUCAUUGACAACGAGGAAUACGGAGCCUACGUCAGCCCCAAACGCCGUGGUCUCUCACUGAUCAAUCUCUGCUGUAACGCCAACGGCCGGGUCAUCGCUGCGUCACUAGACCACAUGGUCAAUAUCUGGUUUGUCACUGGAGGAAGAGGCCACCUGGACCGACAGCCCCAACUUGUUACCGCCCUCGCUUGGCCACGGUACAAGGGUCUUCUUGAGGGUAGGGCCGGCACCUCGACCGAUAUGCUCGUUGUCGGUCGGAUCAACGGAACUCUGGGAUUGAUUGAGGUCUUGGACCAUUCCACUUACCACAGGGUGGAACUAGAGCAGUGCUACAGGCAGGAGGUUGCGGUGACGUGCCUGGCGUGGUAUGAUGAGGACCGUCGUUUUGCCGUGGGUUACUCCGAUGGCGUCCUAGCUUUCUGUAGUAGAGACACCUUCAACCCAGAGCCUCUCAUAACACUAGACGCCCAUAAGACGGCGAUUGACCACCUCUCGUGGGACCCUACCGGUCAUCUUCUAGCCACCUGUUCCCAGGAUGAAGUGGUCAAGGUGUGGACGCAGAGAUCCAAUCGUUGGCUGUGCCUCCACGUCCUCCAUCACGGUAGUUCGCUCUCUGUUCUUCACUGGUGCUCUCAUGUGAACCAGCCGAAGAACCCUGUGCUGCUUCUUGCCACUGGUUGUAAAGAUGGAAUUGUGCGAGUCUGGAGAAUCCCGUACACCGGUGCUGAUGUGACAGUACCAGCUAGACUGGGUCAACAAGAGGAGGGACGUCAGCAACAGGCAUUGCCCAAACAUGAGGGGCGUGGUGCUGCCACCACCAACCAGUCAGACUGUGCUGUGGAGCUGUUUCAGGUCAAAGGUCACCAGGAGGUCGUGACCCAGCUUGCCUUCAAUCAAAGCUCCAUGCUGCUAGCAUCAGGAUGUGCUGGGGGCUUCGUCAACAUCUUGGCACUCCAUGAAAGCACUGUACUGCAGACACUACAGGGAGACAGCCCAGUGCAGCAGCUUUGUUGGGUCGGUGACACUGGCCUUGCGACUUGCUUCCAACGCUCCAAACAACUUCUGAUUCUCGGUUACACCGACUCGCUGUGUGCCCAGAACCGCGUCUACGCUGCGGCUAGAAUGACCCUCCUGAACCAGGGCAUCGUUGGGCUGCACCAAGCACCGUGCCUCAGGGCAUUCCUGGAGAGAUUGCCUAUGAUUCUUCAAGAACAGUACUCAUACGAAAAGGUCCUCGUUUUAUGCGGUGACCAGCUCGUCCACAGUAACUUCCUCCAGUGUCUGGCCUCCUUAGCCCUUGCCCUCCGCCUCGACAAGGCCCUCUUCUACCCUCCCCAGUCCCUCCAGAGCCAGCCGGAUGCUGACACUACCCAGGGCGACAUGGUGGUCACUGAAUGGCUCUGGCUCUCCGCCUUCUGCACGGCUAUCAAGUCGGCUAGCGCCCUCAUGAGGCGGGAACCGCUGCCUAAGGAGUUUGUCGUGCCUAACAUGGAGCUGUUGGAAGGCGGGACCGAAGGGCUGGACUUCAAGCCGUGGGAUAACGGACAGUGGAACCUAACCAUGGAUGAACAGAUUAUGGCUUGGGCUACUAAUAAACCUGAGGAUUGGCAACCGGGAGGUAAAUGUGAUGUUUACAUGUUUGGCAGUGGUCGUCAUGGCCAACUGGCUGAGACAGGACGCUCUGCUACUCUACCAUCCAUAACACAGUCAUUCUCUCAAGCGCAGCAGCUUGUGUGUGGUCAGAAUUGUAGCUUCAUCAUUCAUGGUAAUGGUACAGUCACAGCGUGCGGGGAGGGGAGCUACGGCAGGCUGGGCCAGGGGAACUCAGAUGACCUUCACUCACCAACGGUCAUCUCUGCAUUACAAGGGUUUGUGGUGAUCCAGUUGGUGACGUCCUGCGGCUCUGACGGUCACUCUUUGGCCCUGACAGAGAGUGGAGAGGUCUUCAGCUGGGGAGACGGUGACUACGGGAAACUCGGCCACGGGAACAGCGACAGGCAACGGCGCCCUCGGCAGAUUGAAGCGUUACAAGGCGAAGAAGUCAUUCAGCUGUCGUGUGGAUUCAAGCAUUCUGCCGUAGUGACUGCAGAUGGUAAACUCUUCACCUUUGGUAACGGUGACUAUGGGCGUCUCGGUCACGGUAACACCUCCAACAAGAAGGUUCCGGAUAGAGUCAGAGCUCUGGAAGGUGUGGCCGUCAGACAGGUUUCCUGUGGUCUGAAUCACACAAUGUGUGUCUCGGCAGACGGGAGUACUGUCUGGGCUUUUGGUGAUGGAGACUACGGUAAACUGGGCAUCGGAAGCACUGCGGCGAAGUCAUCACCUCAGAAGGUCGAAGGUCACUGUGGGAUGGGUAUCAAGAAGGUUUGCUGUGGCACUCAAUUCUCAGUGGCCCUGACCAAGGACGGGCGAGUCUUCACGUGUGGACAAGACCGUUUGACCGGUCUACCCGAGGCCCGUUCCAGACUGUCAAAUCGCCCCCAGCAGGUACCAGCUCUAGCUGGUCACUUCAUAGAGGACAUCAUGGUAGGAUCGGAGCACACGAUGGCGUUAACUAGCUGCGGCAAUGUGUGGGUGUGGGGCAACAACAUGGACGGACAGUUGGGACUAGGCCACACCAACACUGUGAGGGAACCUGUUUUAGUCACCAGUCUACAAGGCAAAAAUAUACGACAGAUCUCUACCGGUAGGAGCCACUCAGCAGCCUGGACUGCUUCCCCGGUACCUCCCAGAGCACCAGGGACACCACUACCUCUUCAACUCGGAUUACCACAGAGUGUUCCAGCCCAGUACACCACCCUGAAGGAAUGCAGCACAGCUUCCAUCCGGGCUCGGCUUAGAUUAUUACAUCACUUCUCUGAUAUGAUCUACGCCUCAUGGAGGCUGCUCAAUCUGAAUCCAAAACAGAAAUCCUCAUCAACUUGUUGUGGGACCGGUGUGAUGGGCUUGACCGAUGGUCCUCUUCGUCCACUGCUAGCCUCCAGAGUUUACACACUACCAAUGGUCAGAUCGAUCGGCCGGACAAUGGUGCAGGGAAAGAACUAUGGCCCCCAAGUGACCGUCAAGAGACUAGCUACAAGGGGUCGCAAGUGUAAGCCCAUCUUUACGCAAAUCGCGAAGCAGGUCGUCCGUAUGAAGCCCAGUGACCUUCGCCUCCCUGCCAGGGCCUGGAAGGUCAAGCUUGUUGGGGAAGGAGCGGACGACGCGGGCGGGGUCUUUGACGAUACUAUCACUGAGAUGUGUCAGGAGCUGGAGACGGGUGUGGUCCCAUUGCUGAUUGCCACGCCCAAUGCCUCGGCUGAUGCAGGGAGCAACAGAGAUAGAUUCUUGUUGAACCCGUCCUUGUGCAAUGAUGAACUCCUCCUACUCUUCAAGUUUCUUGGGAUCCUCCUUGGAGUGGCUGUCCGCACCAAGAAGCCCCUAGACCUUCACCUUGCCCCCAUGGUAUGGAAGCAACUAGCAGGGAUGCCUCUUACUGUGGAAGAUCUUGAAGAGAUGGAUUUUCUGUACGUGCAAACAUUGCGGAACAUUCGUGAUAUUGACAGAAGUGGAGUCACUGAGGACAACUUUCAUGAGGUGAUUCCACUGGAGUGUUUUGAGGGUCAGAGUGCCGAUGGGCGGUUCGUGCCGGUGGUCCCCGGUGGGCGGAGCAUCCCUCUAACGUAUAACAACAGGAUGGAGUACGUUGAUCGUGCCCUGGCGUACAGACUGCAAGAGAUGGACAGACAGGUUGCUGCAGUACGAGAAGGGAUGUCGUGGAUCAUACCAGUACCCCUCAUGUCACUCCUGACUGCCACACACUUAGAGCAGAUGGUAUGCGGGAUGCCAGACAUUGAUGUAGCCAUCUUGCAGCGAGUAGUCAGGUACCGUGAGGUAGACAAGACACACCAGCUGGUCCAGUGGCUCUGGCAGACUCUGAGGGAAUUCAGUAACGAAGAGAGGGUGUUGUUCAUGAGAUUCGUUUCAGGACGAUCCCGGUUGCCAACCAAUAUUGCCGAUAUCUCUCAGAGGUUUCAGAUCAUGAGAGUGGAAAGGACCGUUGAUGGACUGCCAACAGCACAAACCUGUUUCUUUCAGCUACGAAUCCCGCCCUACUCCAGCCAGCCCCUGAUGGCUGAGCGACUACGCUACGCCAUCUACAACUGUCGAUCAAUCGAUAUGGACAAUUACAUGCUAUCGCGCAACACUGAUUCAGGAAAUCUGUCUGAUAGCGAGUAUAUGUGAGCUGUGUAAUAGAGCUUAUGAUGUCAAUAAGUUAUUGAUAUUAAACCAAAACUAAACAGCAUUUGUUACUAAUAAUAAUAUUUAUAUCGCCAACGACUGUAAUAAAAAUGUGAAUGUAAAGUCUAAAUGCAGUUUAUGUCCAGAUAUUUAAACAGUGUAAGUUAUCGCCAACAACCUCAAAGCUAAGAGGUUAUUUUAAAUUAAAGGCAGUGGACACUAUUGGUAAUUGUCAAAGACUAGCCUUCACAGUUGGUGUAUCUCA